CCGCACAAGUGCGCGGUGUGCGGCUCGACGUUCACGAGGAAGGCGAACCUGGACGGGCACCUCACAGCGCACAAGGGCGAGAAGCCCUACCCGUGCGAUGUUGGGACAUGCUCGAAGGCGUUUGCGAGGUUGAACGACCUGAAGAGGCAUAAGAAGAUUCACGAGAAGGAGGGGCACCCUGGUGAGCGGUAUAAGUGCCAGAUGUGCGGCUCGACAUUCACGAGGAAGGCGAACCUGGACGAGCACCUCACCGGCCGACCACUCUUGAUCAAGCCGGCACCGCACAAGUGCGCGGUGUGCGGCUCGAGAUUCAUGAGGAAGGUGAACCUGGACGAGCACCUCACAGCGCACAAGGGCGAGAAGCCCUACCCGUGCGAUUUUGGGACAUGCUCGAAGGCGUUUGCGAGGUUAAAUGACCUGAACAGGCAUAGGAAGAUUCACGAGAAGGAG